CCGACUCCGAGUAGUAGGUCCUACCGGUACUACUCAAGCCUUGGGCUUGAGCUGAGCAUGAUGCAUCUGGGAGAUUUGGCAGCAUUGCCAAUGCAGGUGCGUUUGCAUGAUUGAAAGUUGAUGUCCAACGUUGGGAGCACGGCACCACAUGCAUGCAAUGCUCUGACUUGGCAAGGCUGGUAUGACCACAUGACAAGACGUCUGGCGGUCCUGCCUCAGCAAAGUUGCCCUCAACUUCAGGGCGCUAACCACACCCAGAUCUCUUUGAAUCUGACUUCCUACCCGGGUCUCGCCUGCUGGCUGCGAAGCGGAACGCGUUGCCAGCAGAUCAGAAAUGCUGCUCAAGUAAGUCCUGCCUGAUCUGAGGCUCUGUUAGACCUACAUACCAAUCUGGGCCGACCCUUUCCAGCUUGCCAUGGCGUCCCCUUGCUCCCGCUUCUGGGUCCUCUUCUCCUUCAGCGUCAGCUUCUUCCUUCUGGUCCCUGCGGCUAUCUUCUGGGGCGACAAAGCCAGCGACCACUUUCUGCUGGUCACCUCCUUUCCUGCUCUAGUGGGGGUACAUAUCAUGAGGGAGGAGCACAGCAAGCCCUGCCCCCCUGUUGCAAAUGUGAUGGCGGCUCCAGCCCUUGGGGGGGCAGAGUUGAUGGGAGAGAAGCCCUGCAAACCCUGCCCCCCUGUUCCAAAUGUGACCGCUCCAGCGGUUCCCUUCAGUUGCACCUGGUCGGGAAAAGAGUGGACAGCGGAGCAGUUAGACGCCUGUCCUGCUGUGAAGGCGCUCCUCCAAGCGUGGAACAGCUCGCGCUUCUUUGACGGCAAGGUUGGCACGGGAAGCGAAGCGCAGACGGCGGAGAAGGGGCCACCGUUGCCCCCGCAUUUGGUAGACUGCGACCGUGUGUCUCAAGAGGAGCUAAGCCAAGACAGCAGGCUACCUGACGGGGGCCUUCCUGACUGGGCAGACCAGAAAGGGUUUGCGGGACACCCGGUUCCUGACCCGUUUUGGGUUAGGGGCGCUGACGUGGACAACAUUCCCCUAACCAGGCACGUUCAGCAAGACCUGUGGCUGCGGCAGCAUCCGCAAGACUGCAACGCGUCGGACGUCCGCUUUCUGGUGGCGCAAUGGGUAGACACAUCGACCCAUGGGUUAGGGUCCCAGUUACAUGUGAUAACCGGGGGGUUUGCGCUGGCGGUCAUGACGGGCCGGGUGUUUGUGGUCGACAACAGCUUCGAGCGCGCAAUGCACGAGGGGUGUGCGGGUGAAAGCAACGGGACGCUGGACUGCUACGUCCUGCCGGCGACAUCGAAGGAGUGCGCGGCGAUCGCGCUCGCGGGAAAGCGGCACAGGCCAGGAUCUACUGCGGAUCUCAUGGCAGCGGCGCAGGGUCUGGAAGAGCGGGUGGUUUUACUCCCCGAAUAUGCAUUGAUGGAUCACACGCUUAUGGACAUAGUGCCAGACUUGUGGGGGGAGCCCUGGAAGCUGGAACGGGGCUCGAUUGAGUUUGAGGGGAAGAUAGUGGACGAAACAGUUGGCCCAUUCAACUACGGGGCACAGAUAUAUGGCCCCAUGAAUUGGUGGAGGGCCCAGGCGACGCGGUAUCUGCUCAGGGCUCCGAGCGCGUACCUGUGCAGACUGAUGAACGGCGCGAGGCACGAUGCCUUUGGGGUGGAGGUCGCGGCAGGGCUGGCGGAGAGCAUACGUUUUCAGGGCGAGCAUGCGCCGGAAGAAGCUGGGGAUCCCCGGCGUUCUGGAGCAUUGGAGCAGGAGUUGUGGAAGGAUGACGUGUUUAUGCCGCGGCCUUUCAUAAGCGUGCAUGUGCGGCACGCUUAUGAGAAGAGUGUCGAGAUGCGGAUUGUGGACUUGCCUGACUUUAUGGCGCAAGCGGAGAGGAUUCGGCAGCAUAAUCCAGCGGUGCGGUCGAUCUGGUUGAGUACCGAGUCUCAAGAUAUACUAGAUCAGGCUGUAAGCAAGUAUACGCCUCACUGGAGUUUGUACUAUACAAAGGCAGAGCGGAUCCAUUCUAAUGAAAAGGAUCCUUGGAAGACGCACACGCCGGCCAGAGCGGGGUCGGACUUGGCGUUUGUCAAUCUAUUUUUGGCCGCGGAUGCUGAUUUCUUUGUAGGUGUGUUGGGAUCGAAUUGGAACCGACUAAUUGACGAGUUGAGAAAGACCAACGGAAAGCGGAAAGCCGGACUGUACGGGCGGAGUCCGGUGGGGUCAGCGGAACGGCUGGAGGAGAUGGAGGCGCGCUCGCGCGUUUUGGGCGACCAGGGACACGUGCCAAGGGCUGCGCGCAGGCUGCGCAUGGACGGCACGGUCGCCGCGAACGCGGCUGUGACUAUCGGCCGGGAAGGCCUUUCUGGCGAAGGGUUUGGGAUCGAGAAACAAGAAGCGAACCGAGGAGACUCGGCCGAUGCUUUUGAACAUUCGAUGGAAACGGAGCGAAGGUCUCAGCAGAGUGUAAGGGAUGAGCAAGUGGGUAAUGUAGCGAAUUACACCGAGAAAGUGUCUGACUCCCUAGACCUAAGAGCAGAUUCAGCGGUCGAGAAGAACAACGCGGCUGAGGACCAGGUGGAGGAAGUGAACGGAACGGAACGGGCGGAAGACGACAAGGAAGCCGGAGGCGGCGGCGGUUGGGGCGCAGUCAACGGAGGCGACCUCCUCCCUGUGGAAGAGAUGGUCGGGUCGCCUGCUAGGCGUGGCUACAAGUUGGGGGCAGACGGGGCCGAGCGGUCGCCGGAAGCGACUUUCUGGGGCGCUGCGGCGUUUUUCCUCCGGGCAAGCGUCACGCCAAACAAGGUGCCAGCAUCCAAUGGACUCCGUUCCGCUCUGUGGGAGGACUGCUCGCUGGAGUCUCCACCGCCCGUUCUGCCUUUGAUGAGCGGAGCCCCGUUCCGGUCGAUUCAAGCGCUCCCCAAGCCUUCUUGA